AUGGAAGCCUCCAGAAGCCAGGGACUCGAAAGGGCUGCCGAAGCCCAAAGUGAGAGCCCCAAGAUGGGGGAGGGAGUGCAGCAGGCAGGCUCUCUGAGGGUAAGGGUGGAGGGGAGUGUUUUAACUGUGGACCGGGCUUUGCUGGAGCAGUGCAGUGAGUACUUCCGUGCCCUCUUCCGGUCUGGCAUGAGGGAGAGCCAGGAGGAUGAGCUGCAUCUAAAAGGAGGAGUGCAUGCACGGGGUUUCCUGAUUGCUUUGGCCGUGUCCAGGGGUGAGAAACUUUCUUUACAGGACCCGGAUGAACUCAUAGAGGCUGUGGAAUGUGCUGCCUUUCUCCAGGUGGCAUCACUGUCCCAGCAUCUUUGCGAUAUCAUUGACUCGGACAACUGCCUCCUGCUCUACCACGCGGCGGCCAUCUUUGGUCUACCCAACCUGUUCCACAGUGCUGCCCUGUUCCUCUGCGAUGCCUAUAGUGACCUGAAGGGGGCGGCGACAAGCACUCUACCUGAGGAGUUGGUACGGUAUGCAGAGUCUUUGUCGCCGGCAUCUUUCGUCGCUUUGGGAACCCACUCACCCUCUAUGGAGCAGCUGAAGGACUCCUUCAGGACCGUGUGUUACCUGGACGAGGCGGAGGGAGAGUGGAGGCACUUGACAGACCUCCCCACUCACGCCAGCACCUCCAUGGCGGGCGUCGCCGUCCUGGACAACCGGCUGUACGUGGUGGGGGGUAUUUAUGGCUAUGGUAAAGGCACGGUGGACGGCGGCUUCUGCUACGACCCAGGGAUGAGCACGUGGAGCGUGCUUCCUGGACCCCAACAGCCCCGCGCUGACUUCACCCUUCUGGGGCACGAGGGGAAGUUGUACGCUAUCGGCGGCGAGCACCAGAAAAGGACCAUGUCCUCCGCCGAGGCUUAUGAUGUAGCCACAGGAGAAUGGGCAUUUGUACAGUCCGCACCACGGCCUGUGGCAGCUGUGGCAUGCGCCAUUGCCCGAAGGCGGAUGUUUGUGUGUUUCUGGAGGCCGCCAGACAGCACGGAUAUCUACGAGUACAUCCCGGCGAAAGACGAGUGGAUGUUAGCCACCACGAUGAUAAGGCCGCAGAGCUACGGCCACUGUAUGGUGGCCCACAGGGACAAUUUGUAUGUGAUGCGCAAUGGGCCCUCGGACGACUUCCUACGCUGCCUCAUGGACCGUUACAACAUCACCACAGGACAGUGGACCGCCAUACCAGGAAGUUACAUCAACACCAAGGGAGCGCUGUUUACCGCCAUGGUCAGGGGAGACUCUGUGUUCACGGUCAAACACAUGCUAACUCUGGAGUAUACCAUUACUGGGGACACAUGGAAACCCCGUAGGGAGACGAAGAAAGGCUUUCCCAAGAGUGGCUCACUAUGGACAUGUUUACUGAGGCUUCCCAAGACUGGCCUGUAA